AUGCAAAGUGGUGUCCCCCGACAGUACUGCCGAUGGCAGAUCUUUUCCUACCUUGGUAUGUUCUACUUUAUAUGGUAAAUGGCGUUCCUCUUCCAGUAUGUAAGUACUAUAUUCACACAUUUAUAUAUAGUAUGAAGUAAUAUAUUAUGACGGGUGUUGUAUAUUACAACAUAAUUCAUAUGGUUUAGUUUUUAAUGGUUAAAAG